GUUCAUGUGUUUACGGAGGGAAGUCAAAAAGCGCCCAAAGGCGUGAUAUUUUGACGCGGAAUGCAGCGCUGGUAAAAUCUACUAAGUAUACUUUUUUAUUGCUCUGCAUGUCAUCAAAACAUUACACGAGCACUGUACUCACGCAGUCUGUUUCUUUCUUCUUUUUUCCUAACCGCGCUUGCUUCGUAUGCCCAGUGGAAUGGCAGAAGCCAGUAUUUCAGUGGGCGAGGAUCAGUUCAGCUGUUCAAUCUGUCUGGAUCUACUGAAGGAUCCAGUGACCAUCCCCUGUGGACACAGUUACUGUAUGAGCUGUAUUACAGACUGCUGGAAUCAAGAUGAUCAGAGGAGAGUUUACAGCUGCCCUCAGUGCAGACAGACCUUCACUCCAAGACCUGCUUUAAACAAGAAUGUGAUGCUGGCUGAAAUGGUGGAGAAGCUAAAGAAGACAAAAGCCCAAACAGCUCGUGCUGCUCUGAGUUAUGCUGGACCUGGAGAUGUGGAGUGUGAUGUCUGCAUGGGGAAAAAAUACAAAGCUGUCAGGUCCUGUCUUAUGUGUCUAAACUCUUACUGUCAGUGUCACCUUGAACAACAUGACAGUUUAUUUAAAGAUAAGAAACACAGUUUGAUUAAUGCCUCUGGACGACUCAAGGAGAUGAUCUGCUCUCAACAUGACCGACUGCUGGAGGUUUACUGUCGCACAGACCAACAGUGUAUUUGUUUGUUGUGUACAAUGAAUGAACACAAAAAUCAUCACACUAUUUCAACUAAAGCAGAGAGGACUGAGAAACAGAAACAGCUUUGGGACAUGGAAAGAAAGUUCCAGAAGAGAAUCCAGGAAAGAGAGAAGGAGAUUCAGGAGCUGAAAGAGGCUUUGAAGACUCAUAAACGCUCCGCACAGGCAGCAGUGAAGGACAGCGAGAGGAUCUUUAAUGAACUGAUCCACUCCAUUGAGAGAAGCUGCUCUGAGGUGAUACAGAUGAUCAGAGAUCGAGAAAAGGCUGAAGUGAGGCGAGCUGAGGGACUCUUGAAGCAACUGGAGCAGGAGAUUGAUGAUCUGAGGAGGAGAGACACUGAGCUGCAGCAGCUUUUACACACAGACAAUCAUAUCCAUUUCCUGGAGAGUUUCCAGUCUCUCUCUGUUCCUCCUGUGGCUAGAGACAACAUUACUGUCAUUUCACUUCUCUCUUAUGAUGAUGUGGAUGAAUCUGUCUCUAUGCUAAGAGAGAAACUUGAGGACCUCUGCAAGGAAGCAACAGAAAAUAUAUAUGUAAUACCACACUUGGAGAUUGUUACCACCUCUGAACUCAGGACCAGAGAUGAGUUUUUGCAAUAUUCCCACCAAUUCACCCUGGAUCCGAACACUGCACAUAAAUAUCUCCGUUUGUCUGAAGGCAACAGAGUGGCUACAUUUAUUGGGGCUGACCAGCAGUAUCCUGUUCAUCCAGACCGAUUUCAUGGUUUUUCUCAAGUGUUGUGUAGAGAGAGUAUGUGUGGGCGCUGUUACUGGGAGGUGGAGUGGAGUGGGAUGGCUGGUGUGGGAAUAUCGGUGUCCUAUAAGAGCAUCAGCAGGAAGGGGGGUGGUUUUGAGUGUGUAUUUGGAUUUAAUAAUCAGUCCUGGAGAUUGUCCUGCUCUGACUCCAGGUACUCAUUCAGACACAAUCAGAAAGCAAUUAAACUCCCUAUAUUCUGCAGUUCCUCUAGAAUAGGAGUGUAUGUGGAUCACAGAGCAGGGAUUCUGUCCUUCUACAGCGUCUGUGACACAAUGACCCUCAUGCACAGAAUCCAGACCACAUUCACUCAACCGCUCUACCCAGGAUUUGGGAUCAAUUUUGGAUCAACACUGAAACUGUCGUCUGCAGAGAUUCUGUGAAUAAUAGUGUCAUAUUUCAGGUUUAAGCAUGAGUAUAUGUGGUUAGCAGGUCCCUCCAUCCUUCCAGUGACAAUACCGAAUACAACUUACCAAACUAGAAAGUGGAUUCAUUAAAUACCUCACUACAACACAGACUGUACAGGAAACUCUGUCUGUGUCCAAAGCCGAUACAAGGGAAGCCGUUUUUUUUUUUUUUUUUUUGGUGUAAUUGUAAUUAAGAUCUGUUCUGUAACACUAUGCAAUGAAUGAUGAUUAGAGAUGAAAAUGCUUUGCUAACAAUGACAACUAAGAAAUACUGUAAGUCAUACUGCAGUUAUACAAAGCAAAAUAACACUAAAGCAUUUUUAAUGAUUUGUCUAUAUUUAAUUUAUUUUAAUUUAAAUUAUCUGAAAAUAUUAUGUAAUGUAUGUGCACUGUGUAAUAGUAUUAGUAGUAUUUUGAGUUUAGACAUAACAUUUGUAUGGCAAUGAUCUGCAGUUCAGACAAUUUAGAUAGGACUGAAGUUUAUAAAUUAUACAAAAAAAAAAGGUCAUACUUUCAUAUCGUUGCAAUAAUUGGGGUUUUCAAUAAAGGUUGUUUUAGGCCAACAUGAACUUUAAAUCUAAAACGUAAAUCUAAAUUAAAUACAAACACUUCUGAGAAGGCAAUGCAGAUAAUGUAAAUGAGACGUGUUUUGUCUUAGGUGACUCAAAACUAACCGGCUAGUUUUAACGUGCCGUUUUAAACAGUUUGACUUUAAAAACCAUUUUUGGCAACACUGAGCACUGACAUAACACAGGCAUUUACGUGUGUGUUAUCGCCCUCUACUGGAUGAUUUUGUCUGCAUUUAGCCAAAGACUAAAUACCCUUAAAGAGUUAAAGUCUUAAAGAGACUGAUUUAGCCUACUCAAACGAGGCUAGUUUCAGUUUCAUUUGUACGCAAAACCAGGGAACUUUUCGGUUUAGGGAAAAACACUGAGCAAAGAAGCUAUCACUGGAUUUCUAAUUUUUCAGGUGAGUCACAUCUUCAAAACACACCAUGUAUAGGCCUAAACCCAGGGAUGUACUGGCCGUCGGGAGUACCGGGACAUUCCCCACAAAAAGCAAAUACUACAAAAGUGUGAAGCGGCUAGAAGGGAUACGUAUGGCGCUACUGGGCAUGCGCACAUCAAUACAGCGUAAUUUUUUGUCACACUGUACAACAACAAUAA